GGAAACAUAGAAAGUCGUGAGUUGAACAGUGUUCUUCAAGCUUGGUUUUGGGCAAAAAGGCAUAAUAGAGAAAAACGAAGGAAAGCACAACCAGAGCUUUGCAGAGAAAAGAAGCUUAAAGAAGGCUCCAAAAAUGAGUUUCAAAAGCUGUUCUCUUCUCUGCAUAGCGAUUCUGCUUGCACUCUCUUCUGCUAUUGAUGGCUUUAACAUCACAGAGUUGUUGGAAAAGUAUCCAGAUCUGUCAUCAUUCAACAGGUACAUCACCGAAGCCAAGCUUGCAGACCAAAUCAACAGCCGCAACACCAUCACAGUUCUUGCGGUUGAGAACGGUGCCAUCUCUUCCAUUGCCGGAAAACCCCCAGCAGUGAUUAAGGCCAUUAUCAGCACCCAUAUCAUCCUCGACUACUAUGAUGAGAAGAAGCUCGUUGAAGUUCACCCCAGCCACCCACAGUUGACCACCCUCUUCCAGUCCACAGGCCUCGCCGUCAAGCAACAAGGCUUCCUCAACGUUUCACUCAUCGGCGAGGGCGAAAUCGCCUUCAGUCCCGCCGGCACUUCCGACUACUCCGAACUCGUCAAGACCGUCGUCACUGAGCCCUACAACAUCUCCGUUCUUCAAAUCGCCAAGCCCAUCAUCGCCCCAGGCAUCGACAAUGAAACCCAACUUGCACAGCCACCACAAGCAGCUAAAGCCUCUCCCCCCACCGGAACCGCCAAGGCACCAGCUCCCUCCAAAGACAGUGCCAAAACACCCGCUCCCUCGACACAGAGUGCCAAAGCACCUGCACCUAGUGGUGCCAAGGCACCCGCACCUGCAUCGAAGGGUGGUGCCAAGGCACCAGCUCCUGCAGGAGAUGCAAAAUCUCCUUCCCCAACUACUACUGAGGCACCGGCUCCUUCGGAUACUGCGGCCGCACCUUCACCUGCCGAGUCUCAUGCCCCAGUAGCUGCUGACGCCCCAGCAGCAGAUGGUCCCGCUGCUGAUGAUGGUGAUGCUGCAGAUACUGCAAGCAGCUCCUCCAUCAUUAAGAUGAGCUUGGUUGGAUCAGUGAUGGCCUUCGCUUCACUCUUGAUCGUUUUAUAAACUGGUUCAUGAAAUAAAGAUGAUACACUCAUCGAUAUCUAUAUAUCUUCAUAUAUAUACAUAUACGUUUAAUUACACCUAUAUUAAGAGGAGGAAGAGAAUAAGGACAGGGCUUUCAGGAAGACUCAGGGAUAUUGGAAAGGAUGAUGUAGAGUUUGUUGUCUUGAACGUAUUGAUCAAUGAAAAUAAACUUGUAUUUUAGUGGUUGCGACGUAUGAAUAAAUGAAGAAGUUAUCUAUGGUUUGAUG